AUGGAUCCACUGGCCCAGAAAGAGAAGUCCAACUUGAAAGAAGCCAUCGGCAGGGUGGAGAAGGCCAAGCAAAACUCGGCCCAGCCCGAACUGAGACAAAGACAAAGAGCCGAGGACUCUGGGCUCCACAGAGCCACCGGGGAGCUGGAGCAGCAGCCCUUUGAUGAGUGCUGGAAGCAGAUGCAGCCUCUUGGGGAGUGA